GUGGAUCUUGAAGUUAAAAGUAAACAAAAUAAAAAUAACAAAUACUUGCCAUGAAGGAUGCCAACUUGUUAAGUUGUGUUAUAUUAUGUAUUAUUCUCAUAUAUACCUCCUUUACGUGUCUUGCUGCAGUAGUUCACACCGGUCAUAGUCAUGAUCAUAAUUUACAUAAAGAAAGAGAAAUUGAUGGGGCUUAUGCUCCAAGAGAUCGGGACCAUUUUGACAACUCAGGAGAGCACAAAAGUGAUUUUGAUCACGAAGCAAUAUUAGGUAGCUAUAAGGAAGCUGAAGAAUAUGAUCACCUGCCUCCUGAGGAAGCUAAACGAAGAUUAGCAAUCCUUCUAACAAAAAUGGACACAUCAAAAGAUGGAUAUAUUGAUCGAAAAGAGCUUAAAGCAUGGAUAAUUCGUUCAUUUAAAAUGUUAUCUGAAGAAGAAGCAAAUGAGAGAUUAGAAGAUGCAGAUGAUAACAAUGAUGGAAAAAUAACUUGGGCUGAAUAUUUAUCAGAUACUUAUGGUGUUGAAAAUGAUUCUGAUGAAGAGUCUCUUAAAUUUUCUGAGGAGAACUUACAUCUAAUAUCAGAAGAUAAAGAAAUGUGGGAUGCAGCAGAUAAAAAUAAAGAUGGAGUUUUAGAGUCGGAAGAAUGGAUAGCUUUCUCCAAUCCAGAAGAGCAUCCGGAUAUGAUCCCCCUGAUUCUCGCGCAGACAUUAAAGAACAAAGAUAAGGACAAGGAUGGAAGUAUCAGUUUUCAAGAAUUUGUUGGAGACAGAGGUUCUGACUUAGAUAAGGAAGCACUUCUGGUAGAAAAGGAUAAAUUUGAUCGAGAAUAUGAUAAAGACAAAGAUGGAAAAUUGACUGGAAGUGAAAUAUUGUCUUGGAUAGUUCCUAGUAAUGAUGAAAUUGCUGAUGAAGAAGUUAUUCACUUAUUUGCCCAUAGUGAUGACGAUCAUGAUGACUUAUUAAGCUUCGAAGAAGUUCUUGAUCAUCAUGAAACGUUUGUUGGCAGUGAGGUGACAGAUUAUGGUGAUCAUUUGCACAAUAUCCAUCACUUUAGUGACGAAUUGUGAUCCUACUUCUUCCUGACAAAGUAGUUUGUAGCUGUUAAUUUAUUUAUUUAUUUAUUGUAAAAUACGUGUUUGUGCCAUUGUACCUUAAUGUAUUAUUUUAAUAAUUACAAAGGUAAGUUUUUGUUUUAGUAUUAUAAAAUAUAGGCUUUAUUUUAUCAUUUACUA